AUGUCGGUUUCGAAGCAGACGGGUACACUGUUAGAAAACCUUCCUCAACGUUUGGUGAAUUUCUUCGCUCGGUAUCCUCCACAAACCCACUCCGCAGCUGUCCGUCGCCCUGCCCCUGCCAAUGGAGAGGGCUACGUACCAACGAAGGUAGAAUCCCCAUACACACCAGAUCGGGAUGCCAAGGGUGCCCCAGGAGAGAAAAAGUAUGGCUGGACUCCAUCGCGUGCACUCCUCGUGACCAGCAAAGACGUCCGCAAUCCAUUUCUGCCGCACAAGCGAUUCGGCAAAUGGGAAGCCCCGAAAUAUGGGCUGCGCCAGCAGGCCGAUCUGAUGAAGCUUGCCAUCAAAUACAAUGUGCAGGCGCUUCUUCCUCCUAGUCGCAAAUCACCAGAAUUCAAGGAGACACGGCGCGCAGAGCGUGGCUUGCAGAUCAAGGGAACUGGUGUUGGCCAUAAGGUGAAGGGUCAUAAGUGGGAACGCACCAUGGAGUCACGUCUCGAGGAUCGUCGCAAAGCAAUGGAGGGGAUGCCGGAAAUGGUCCGGUUGUGGAAGCAGAGAGGUCAUGGCCGAGGCUGGAGACAAUGGCCCAAGCGGUAA